CUUCUCCUUCCUGGGAUGGGACAGCGGGUACAGUUCCUGGGAAACAAACGCCACCUGGGGACACUUGCUGGGAAGCAGCAGUUGAAGAGCAGCUGCUGAGAAAAGCUGCUCUGCGGCUUUAAAGGCAUUUUAAGCAGCGUCCGGGUUUUCUGGAUGGGCAGAGGGACCCCUUCUUCGCCUCGCCUGGCGGGUGACACCAGGCAGGGCUGUGUGACAGCAGGCGGGCAGGGCUGUGUGACGCUGCACAUCAGCGAUACGCAAACGCGAACGGCUCGUGGUCAAAAGUUCAGUUGGGGCGGGAUAGAAAUGUUUGAACAUUUUCUGGAGCACGGGGCUUGCGACUCUGCGGCUCGGAGGAGGAAAAGGUAUUGGAUCCGGGGCAUUCAGGACUAUGUGUGGCUGCCAUACAAGACUGAAGGGGAAAGCCCAUCUCUCCCUGCCCGUUGUGUUCUCCACCUGAAACUAUUGUUGGGGGAUGGCUUAUUAGGUAACCUGUAACAAGUCUGAGGUAAUAUUUAUAGCAAGAACAGCCUGGGUUCUCCCCUGUGCCCUCACCCUGAUGCCCCAGGGGACACCUGCCUGGGCUGUGAGAGCUGCUGAGGCCAGGCAAGCAAACACAAUGAGCCCUUCCUUAAGUGCUGUGCUUCUUGCUGGGCCUUGGCUCUCCUGGCUGGCACUGGUAUUGUUGUCCUUAAUUGCCCUCACACAGACCUGCAGGACAUCAAGUGUAAAUGUCGAGGUUUUGCAGGCUAAUAAAGCAGGAUUUUCUGUUUAUUAAUUAAGUGAAAAAGCUGUUAACUACUGUGUUUCAUCAGCCAAACCCAGGCAUCCCCCCCCAGUGAAGGCACUGAGCAUUGCAUCUCUCCUAUCCUUCAACAGGAUUCCUUGUAUGGAGCCCUUCUGACCAUCAUGGAACCCACAGCUCACAAACAACAGGGGGUCUCUACCCCUUCUAGUGCAAAGACAGCAGAAGACCUUGCCUUUGAGCUAAAUGCUGCUGUGAAGAACAGAAAGAGAGAACUUGUGCUGGAGCUGCUGGAGAAAGGGGCAGAUGUGAAUUCCAAAGUAGGAGGUGGCUGGACACCCCUGCAGACCGCUGUGCAAACUGGUGAAGUGGACCUGGUCCGACUUCUGCUGGAAAAGGGUGCUUGUCUGCAUGCCAGGAAGGACAAUGGUGGCACUGCAUUUACUGAGGCAGGGAUCAUGGGAGACGUGGAAAUACUGAAGCUCCUCCUGGACUGUGGGGCAGACAUUAAUGACCCUGACAGCAACGGCUUCACAGCUUUCAUGGAGGCUGCGUGGUAUGGGAAGGAGGAUGCCUUGAAAUUCCUGUACAGCAAAGGAGCUGAAGUGAAUUUGAGGAGAGUAACUAGUGAGGAGAAAGCCAAACUGCAUGAAGGAGGUAAAACAGCACUGAUGGAUGCUUGUAGGAAGGGCCACUUCUCGGCCGUAAAAAUCCUUGUUCAAGAGAUGGGGGCUGAUGUGAACAUUCGUGACAACAGAGAUAGGAAUGCCUUGAUCCAUGCUCUAAAGAAGGAUUCAAAAAAAAAACCUGAGUCGGUUCUUGCCAUAGUUCGCUUCCUGCUGGACCAUGGUGUUGAUGUGAAGAGCAAAGAUGAAUGGGGGAAAAGUGCCCUCAUCCUAGCUGUUGAAAUGGAGAGCCCAGAGCUGGUGAAAACUUUAUUGGAGAAGGAUGAAAUGGAUAUUGAUGAUGCAGAUGAGGAGGGCAACACAGCGCUGAUGGUGGCUGUAGAGAAAAAUGAUCACAAUACAGCGAAGGUGUUGUGUGAAAAAGGAGCGAGGACUGAUGUUGGGAACCUUAUCGCAGUUGCUAACAGAAAUCGUUCUCGUAGCAUGGAAAAUCUUCUUCGUGUGCAUAAUGCCACGUUUGUUCCAGAAACCCCCAGAGACUGGGAGCCAAACAGCAAACGCUGGAGGGACCAGCUGAAAAAGCUUGAUCAGAUCUAUCGCCCUAUGAUUGGCAAACUGAAGACAUUUCAUUACAUCGAGCAGAGAAUUUGGGAAGGCGUCUACCUCGGGCUCCACGGAGGGACAGAGGUAGCAGUAAAAGUAACCCUCAGCAAAGAGGGUGAUGAAGAGAAAAAGUUCUUUGAAAAAUGUUGUCACUGUGAACGUCUACUGAAGCUCUUCCAGUCUGAGAAGGAAAAAGGCUGCAUGUACCUGUGCUUCCCACUCUGGGAGAAAACCCUCCAAGAACAUCUGCAGGACCCAGAAGACCAAAAGGAUUACAAAGCUGCUCUGAAGAUGAUCUUCCAGGCACUGAGAGAGCUGCACUCCCUUGGAUUUGCUCACCAGGAUCUGCAGCCCAGGAACUUUGUAAUAGAUUUAGGUGGCAAAAUUUACUUGGCAGAUUUUGAUAAUAAAAGAAAGUUGAUCGAAGGCCAAGAAGAACUUGUAAACUCAGAUUUAGAGGCCCUCAGCAGGCUCAUGCUGUACGUUUUAACAGGGGGUAGGAAACCCCUUCAGCAAGUCAGAGUCGAGGAUUUGGACACUAAAUCCCCAGAUUACAAUGAGGCUCUGGACCUUAUAAGCAGCCUGUCCUCUCAUGAUGAACGAGGCUUGGAAGGUUUGAGCAAACAUCCCUAUUUCUGGAGCAAAGAGAUGUUCAACUUCCUGAAGAGUAUAUGGAAUCAAAUCAAAGAUAUCGACAACCGAAAAACUAUUUUUCAAGACUGUAAUGUUACUGAAACUUUUCCUUAUCCAGAGUGGACCAAGGAGAUUGACGAAGAUAUUCUAGAUGUAAUGAAAAAUCCCAGGAAUCCAAAAUCAUUCAAACCUAGAAAACAUGGCAAUUGUGCCACCAAAUCCUUCCACUACAGCAAUGAUGUCACUGACCUACUGAGGCUCAUCAGAAACCUGGAUGAACACAAAGAUAAAGGGAUCAGUGACAAAAUAGGAGACUAUGCUGAGUAUUUCCUGGAGACUUUUCCAGCACUUACCAUUUAUGUCUACAACAGUUUACGCCAGAAUCCCACAUACAGUCACCUUGCAGACAUCCAGGACCCUCCUCUGUAGGAUGUCAUUGCCUCCUGUCCCAUGUCUGAUCCCACCAUCGCUGCCUCCAUUUAUUCCUUAUUUAUUGAUCUGCAAAAGAGUUGAAGAAGUGUGUAAGGAGAUGGGAGAGAGCACAUGCAGGGACAGAGUAUGGAGGACUUAAACUAAGAAAUGAAAGAUGCUUCAGAAGUGUUUGGUGUAACAACCACAACCUUCUGAGAGGAACCAAACUGAGUGCCAGCCCAGGUUCCCCUCGAUGACCUACCUCUGUCCCUCUGGGUUUAUCUGCCUCUGAGAGGUGGAGAUCCAGGCCCUGACCCUUAUGGAGAGCGGGGAGAUGUGGGACAGCCCCUGGGGUACCUGGCACAUCUGGGAGGCAGGAGGACAGCAUUGUCAGACAACAUGGGACCCUCUGAUAAAGAAAAAGGAAUUUGAGCUCCUUGCAAGAGCCAGUCUUCCCUGCAGCUUGCACUGAGGAACUCAUCUACCCCUAGAAAGACAUGGGUUCCCUCUUUUCAGUCUUUUGGAAACACAGCAGCCAGAAAAAUGGUAUGUCUGGCUGUAGGAUUGCCCUUGGUCAUUAUCCCUCUGAUCUGGUAGAGGCACUCUCUGUCCAGCCUGCUGGGACCUGAAGGACUUCCAUUUGGGGAAUGCAGGAGAUGCUUCCAAAGGAAUGGAUGUAAUGAGCACAAUCCCACAAAACUCUGCUACUGUGCAUAGUCCUGACCCACCCGAAAGUGGUCAUUCACAUCAAAGGGGCUACAGGGACCUUUUCCUCCUAGAAAGGACAAGCUCUGCCAUGGCAGGGCUGUGGACAAGCACUCCCUGUCUCUGAAACAGUUGGUGUAUCACUGUCCUCCUGCCAGACUCAGCUCCCUUGCACAGAACUGGUGUCCAUGCAGCCAGCCUGGAGCUCUGACAUUGGCAGCUGGGUGGCACAAACCCCUUUCUGAGAUUCCCACAGCAUCUCAUGUGUGCCUGGUUGCCCAAGGGCUUGCUUGUUUCUCUCCUAAUGCUCCAACUUGCACGAUGAUUAUAUGUUGCUUAUGGAAAUAUUUUUCAGCUGUUGAAAAGAUUUUUGUUGUGGCUUUUUUUUUCUGUUUGUUUGUUUCUUUGUUUGUUUGUUUCCAAACUGAGAUUGUUAUUCUUUCAAUUAGCCUAUGGGGAAACACUUGAAAUAAACUUGCCUGGAAAACUGA